AUGGCAAAUACUCUCACCCUUUCGACUGCGGCUGGCGCGGGCGGCUCCUUCGAGCAACAAGGGUCUAUUGACUGGGUCCAGAUCGCCAGGAUGUCUGUUUCUGUGCCCAUCUCUGUCCUCGCACGCUUUACAGCGGCCGACGUUUCUCCUCUCACGAUCGUCGUGGGCCAGGAAAUGUCAUCUCUCUUUCGAUUGUCCACCACUGGACAUGAACGUCUCAUUACAGCACUUGGGAACCUGAAGAGCUUCUCUGCCAUUGGAGAUGCGAUUUGGUUUGGCUUUGGGAUCAAGCACAUAGUGAGAUUGCUUGGAGAGACUGAUAAAGGGCUAAAGUGCUUGAUGCUCUGUGCAUGUCUUUCUGAAAUUCAUUUACCAAACACCAGCGCCGAGAUUUUGAUCAGGCUGGCCGAUGCUUGUGACGCCCCUGAUGAUAUACGACCCUCUGCUAGUCAAUGGUUGAAUCUAGUGGGAUCUUGCUCCGGAACUCUCAAGUCGACGACCUUUGCAUGCAUUGCGGAGCAGUUCAUGUCGUUCCAUACUCCUUACGUGAACGAGGAAUACAAGGAUGAACCUGGACAUGUUGCGGAAGCCUUACUUGCUGUUGCACGUGUAUCUUCGGGUGUGCUGAGCUCAGCAACAUUGACUGGUGGUCGAUCCUGUGGAUGGAUCGCAGCUAUCGGGUUCUACUUCCUUGGCCUGGAGGUCGAAAUUCAAAGUGCUGAUAAUGCUACGAUUUACAAGUCUACAACCAGCGAUGAUUAUAUCCGUCUGGUGGUCAUAUACGGGAAACCACAGUGCUCGCAACAGGUCCAGGUCACUAGCACUGCGUACUUCAUCAACUCUGUUGAUAACAUCAUGUCCAGCUAUGAGCAGCGAUUUGAUUCCAUCAUCUCUGGAACCCUGCCAUGGAACAGCUGUCUUUGCAGAACGUUUGGGGACUCAUUUAAGAAGCUUCUGGACGCCAAUAAAGAAUUCGGAUAUCUUAUAGGCGCAGCCACACGCGUCUUUCAAGGCUUGACCAACUCUGACACAAGUGGAAUGUUCGAUUCUGACGACUGCAUCAGUUGGUUUGGCUUUCAACCAGGUCAAUACGGACAUGGAUUUUGGCAUUCCGCUACGUCUUGGUUUCCUGAACUUUUACCCCUGUGUCCCAAGGUUGAUCUCGACGUGGAUAUGUCUGUUGACGAAGCUGUUAAGGCAUAUAAUCGAGCCGCGAAGGACUUGGCACACAUCUGCGGGUGUACUUAUUGCUCCGGAAUUGUUUGUAGAUCCACCACACGUGGUUACUGCCUUCCGGUACUUGCCGAGACCAUUAUCUUCCUGGUCUGGAAUAUUUCUGCGCUUCAAAUCCAUACCGAUCUCAAACCGUAUCACUCUGGCUUGAGAUUCAUUUACAAACUCCACUCCGGUGGGGCUUCAAUUGACCCUAGUUUUGGAAAAUGGGACAGAGGGGGUUUUCACGAUGCUUACUUCGGAGAUCUUGUUCAUCUCGUACGACGUCUCGACCUUGCUUCGGUAUACCAUACGGCGCAGUUUCUAUUUACGAAUAACUUAUAUGCUCUGCAGAGAUGCAGGGCAUUCACUUCUGCUUCUGUUGGCGGUCUCUGCUUCUAUUUUGACAUAUUGCGUAAUGUGUCAGAUCGGCCGGAAGAGGCAGUGACACUGCAUGUUGUGCCGGGAGUAAUCCAGACGAAAGCCGGACGACAAUACUCUUUCAUCGCGGAUAAAACUGGCACGAGGUCUGAUGGCCUUCUAGGUUUUGACUGGAGAGACAAUUCUUCAUUCGAGAUUACCAGUUCGUACAGGACGGAUUAUCAAGCUAGCGUCGUUGACACCUUGGGUGGCAAUAUAUCGAUCCCCAUACUUGCUACGGACACAGGAAGCUCUGAUUUGAAUGUCAAACUGUUUCUUGAAGAAUCUACCAGCGGCUUGCUUGUUGAUCUUCACUUCAUCAGUGCCAGGGGAACCUGUCGUGUUGGGGCAUAUACCAUGCUUAAAGAGAUCAUCGAGAACUCAGGAUUAGUCGGGUGCACUCACCGCGAUUGUACCAGGAUGGAUCAGAUUCAGUGUGAUAUAUCAGUCAUAAACGGGGAAGGCUCUGUGCCGGAGACUCUCCAGCCGAGAAUCUACCUACGAAGACUUGCGGGUAAUCCUCUAGCGAGAUGCGUUGGGCUUUUGGUUAAUAGAGAAUGGAAUGAAGCGCCCAUAUUGCGCCAGCGGGAGUGUAUACCAUGUUGUGUCAGGACUGCUGCCAACAUGCGGUAUAAUCAUGGCGUGUCUCCAUCCUAUGUUAUUCUUUGA